GCAGAUCCAGAGAAACGAGCAGCACACUGAAACACAGAGAGAGUGAGCAUCACUGGAGAUUACAUCUUUACUCACUGAUUUCUCAAUCAUAGUUUCAACAAGACAACUAACCUCGAACAUCGCACAUCUCAUCACACGUCGCUAUGGACUGUCGAAACGAAGGAUGCACUCAGCCACAAGACGAGGACAUCAUGGACAUUCCCCUUGAUGACCCAGCUGCAAACAAGGCUGCUGCUAAAAUUCAAGCUGGCUUUCGAGGUCACAUGACCAGGAAGAAAAUGAAGGAUGACAAGCCAAGGGAAGAGAAAGAACGAGAGCAGAAGUAGCCAAGAGGAGCACAAUCACCACCGCCCGACAGUCCAUCACUGCAAUAACCAGAGCUCUUUUGUUGAAAAAGAACCCUUCAAUGUGAGAUAAAACAUCCAAACUCCAUGUAGAGUUUGCCAUACGACUAGCGAACACCUUCACACUUCUGUCUUCUUCCUUUAGCAUCUGAGUGGCUGUUUCUGACCUAAAAAAAAUCACAGCAUGACAUUCUAAAUUAAAUUCAUAUAUAAACAUGUGUGUGUGAUUUGUCAGCUUUCAACUUUCAAAGGUUUGAUUGUUGCUUUGAGAAAGGCAAGUCAAAUACUCUGUCAGAAGCUUUGUUGAUUUGUUUUGUGCUUCUUUGGCUGUAUUGGAUCUUAUAAUAAUACAAGUAUUCAUUUACUGAAGGUCAGUUUAUUUUCUAGCGUAAAUUUUGUUUAUGCCUGUUUAAUAAAGCAAAAUAAGUUGGACAAA